CGUACUCUCUUUUCUUUCACCGUCUCUCUUUCUCUUUUCUUCUUUCUUUCACCGGCCUCUCUCUCUCUCUCUGCGGCUUCUGAUCUGUCUCUCACCGACCUCUCUAUCUGGCCUCGUGAAAUAAUCUUGCCUCAUGAGGAAGGCUGAGCGUGAGGAGGAGUUCGACAGCUGCGGUGUGGCCAAGGAAGGCAACAAUUUUGGUGGAUCGAUGAAGCUUUGCACGUUGAGGUUAGCGUAUUGAGUUGAUUAGAGGCAUUGAUUCGAUCUAAAAUUUAGGGCUGUGAUUCUGAAAUUUGGGUUUGAAUUGGAUUGGAUCAGAUUUUGGAGCUCCAUUGAAAUUUGUGAUUUUGGUGGUCUGAUUUGGUUGUGACUUUCUGCAUUCUUCCUUAGAGUUUCCUGUAGAGAUCUUAUUUUAAACAAAAAGAUCAGGUUAUGUAUGCGGAAUCUGAAUAGUAUUACUUUUCAACCAAAAAAAAAAAAAAUCAACUAGAGCAGUGUCUGUGAAGUACAUGAAAUCCAUAACUAACUUUAACCACUUUUCAGUUCCAAAACCACUCCAACACAUACUCACUCGGAAACAAUCUAUACUUGAUCAGUUAAAGACAUGUUCCAACCUAAAGAACCUGGGAUCUGUGUUUGCCUCUAUGAUCAAAACCAACGCAAACCAAGAUUGUUUUUUAGUGAACCAAUUUAUUAGCGCCUGCUCCAACUUUUUGCGAAUAGAUUACGCAAUUUUAGCAUUUACCCACAUGGAAAAUCCCAAUAUUUUUGUCUACAAUGCAAUGAUAAGGGGAUUUGUUCAUUGUUUUCACCCAACUCAAGCUUUGGAAUGUUACAUACAUAUGUUGAGAGUUGAAGUUAUGCCAACAAGUUAUACGUUUUCAUCGUUGAUUAAGUCUUGUGCUUCGCUUUCAGCUUUGGGUUUUGGUGAAGCUGUGCAUUGUCACAUCUGGAGAAAUGGGUUGAAUUCACAUGUGUUUGUUCAGACUGCUUUGAUUGAUUUCUAUUCGAAUUUUGGCAAAAUUGGUAGAUCAAGAAGGGCGUUUGAUGAAAUGCCUAAGAGAGAUGUUUAUGCAUGGACUACGAUGGUUUCUGCUUAUGUCCGUACGGGGGAUUUGAGUUCUGCAAGGGGAUUGUUUGAGGAGAUGCCUGAGAGGAAUACUGCUACAUGGAACACUAUGAUUGAUGGAUAUGCAAGAAUGGGGAAUUUCGAUUCUGCAGAGUUGUUGUUCAAUCAGAUGUCUGUAAGGGAUAUAAUCUCAUGGACAACCAUGAUCGCUUGCUAUUCUCAGCACCAGAAAUUUAGAGAAGCAUUAGCAAUAUUUAAUGAAAUGACGAGGAAUGGGAUCCAUCCUGAUGAAGUGACCAUGGCAACUGUUAUAUCAGCUUGUGCCCAUCUUGGAGCUCUUGAUUUAGGAAAGGAAAUUCAUCUUUAUAUAUUGCAGAAUGGAUUUGAUGUUGAUGUUUAUAUUGGGUCUGCGCUUAUUGAUAUGUAUGCCAAGUGUGGGAGCUUAGAUAGGUCACUUUCAGUGUUCUUCAAGUUGCGGGAGAAAAACUUGUUUUGUUGGAAUUCAGUUAUAGACGGGCUUGCAGUUCAUGGGUAUGCAGAUGAAGCACUAAAGAUGUUUAGGGGAAUGGAGAGGGAGAAGAUCAAACCUAAUGGAAUUACUUUUAUUAGUGUUCUAAGUGCCUGCACUCAUGCAGGACUUGUUGAAGAAGGCCGAAGGAUGUUUUUGAGCAUGACAGAUGAUUACUCAAUCAUUCCUGAAGUUGGACACUAUGGAUGUAUGGUUGAUCUAUUGAGCAAAGCAGGCUUGUUUAAAGAUGCACUAGAGUUGAUAAGAAGCAUGAAAGUUGAACCAAACAACAUUAUAUGGGGGGCCUUGUUAGGUGGGUGCAAGGUCCACAGAAACUUGGAGAUUGCUCAAGUUGCUGUUAAGGAACUGAUGGCUUUGGAGCCAAACAACAGUGGCCAUUACAAUCUUCUGGUUAACAUGUAUGCUGAAGUGAAUAGAUGGGGUGAGGUUGGAAAAAUCCGGGCAGCCAUGAAGAAUAUAGGAGUGGAAAAGAAAUGUCCUGGAUCCAGUUGGAUUGAAAUGGAAAGGAAGAUUCAUCAGUUUGCAGCAUCUGAUAAAUCUCACCCAGCUUCUAGUGAAAUUUACCUAUUGCUGGCAGAAUUAGGUGGGCAACUGAAGCUAGUUGGCCAUGUACAUGAACUAAUUUGGAGGGAUUUAGCGUGAGCUGCCUACACCUUUUGGGGCAUAUGUAACAUAUUAUUCUUUGGGGUUCUUUACAUGGUCAUCCCCGCUCAAUUUGUUGGUAAGAAUUGACCAUAAUCAUUGGAAAAUAUAAAAAGAAGCUGAAUGGUUUCUUUGCCAACAUAUAAAUAAAAGCGAAGAGAAAAAGAUUAAAUUACCAACCAGGAAA